CAUGUAUUCGGCGAAAAAGAAAAUGAAGAAGACAGACAUAAAGGAUAUCACGCCAUAUUACGUGUAUACAUGGGAUUGUGUGCUCUUGAAAAAACAAAUCAACAAAAAUAAAAUAAAAUAAAAAAGGGAAAAAGCAUUUUAAUAAACAAAAGAAUGAAUAUUGUUUGCUAAAGAAGGCAAUCACAGGUUUAAUAACAUAAAUGAUCAAAUCAUCUAAGUAUAAAUUCUCUGAUUUAAAUAACCCAUUACUGAAUUCGAGAAGAAAGAUAUCCGAUAUUUAAACCACGAGCAACACAUCAUAUUCAUCACUUUGUUGAAUAAUAGAAAUUAUGUCAAGUAACGAAGAAUCAAUGGAAGAUAGCAAUGACCAUUCAUUUGGGAAGGUCAAACAACGUUUCAAAGAUCGAUCUCAGAAAACGAAGGAGAAAACGAAACAGAUCUUGUCAAAGCAAGCUGCCCAGAUCGCUAAAAGGGCUGAGGAACAUGAAAGAUUCAUUAACAAGGUGACACAUCUGAUGGGUGUUCUUGGGUUUGGGGCAUUUUGCUUUAUUUUGGGUGCAAGGCCAAAGGAUAUUCGAUAUGUUUACUGUUUGUUCUAUGUCAUCUUUGUUCCUCUGAGAUGGAUCUACUAUAGAUACAAGAAAUGGCAUUACUAUCUUUUGGACUUCUGCUAUUAUGCAAACACAAUUUUCUUAAUCGCGCUUAUGUUUUUCCCGACUAAGGAGAAGCUAUUCAUGGUUUGUUUCUCGUUCGCAGAGGGACCUCUAGCAUGGGCAUUAAUUGUUUGGCGCUGUAGCUUAGUUUUUAGUUCAGUUGAUAAAAUUGUCAGUGUCUUCAUACAUCUUUUACCUGGGUUAGUUUUCUUCACAAUUCGCUGGUGGGAUCCUGAGUUUUUUGGAGCUAUGCAUCCUGAAGGGACUCCAGAACGAGCAUCAUGGCCUUAUGUAGAAAGCCAAUCCUACCUUUGGACUUGGCUAUUUUGGGUUCCAUUAGCUGCAUACUUUCUCUGGCAGGUUAUCUAUUAUCUCAUAGUAGAAGUCCUACGUCGACAGAGACUUCUGCGAGACCCUGAAGUCAUGACAUCUUACAGGGAGAUGUCCAAAAAAGCAAAGAAAGCAAACAACAUGUGGUGGCGCGUUAGUGGUUUGCUUGGGGAUCAGAAUCGCUUGUUUAUGUAUAUUCUGCUCCAGGCCAUAUUUACGAUAGCAACUACAGCGCUCACAGUGCCCAUAUUUCUGUCAUACAAGUUCCAUGUUGUAUUCCAAAUACUAAAGGUUUCAGCAUCUAUUUGGAAUGGUGGAAACUUCAUGCUAGAUGUGAUGCCUAGGCAAGUGAUUCUCAAGGAGGAAAAGAAAAAAUCAAAGAUGCCAACUAUCCCCGACCAGAACGAUCAGACUUCUUUGCAGGAGAGCGCAACGGAAGCUAAUAAUGCUUCUGAAACAGUCCAUUCUGAAUAAUGGAAACUACCUGAUUUGGAGUGUUCAUCAUCUGACUCCGCUGUUGUUUACUUUUCUAUCUGUUUUACAAAUGAAUGAAAGGUCUGAAGUUCUGUGACUCACAAGUUGUAGAUUAGGUGAAAGGAAAAAUGAACUAUCUUCAUUCUGUUGUGAAUCAUAUCUGAAUAGUUAUCAGUGCUAGUGCUCCAGAUUUUGUAGAUUUGGUGAAAAAAGAUUAACCAAGCUCUUGAUAUGCCCCUGCAAUUAUUAAGAAUAAAGGUGCAGAAAUGAGUAAUACUAUUAGCUUGCGGAGGAAUACACUACAGGUGGUUGGAGUUCGUUAUAAGCUUUGCUAGUUUACACAUUAGUAGUACAGGUUCCAUAUAUUACGUAAUUAUCUUAUUGUAUUUCUAUUUUGAUCAUAUUCAGUCCCUCAGCUAAGUCACACUUUGUGGAUGUCUUAGCUGAGUAAAUGUACUGGCUGAAAGAGAGAAUGAAGUAUGAAUGAGAAUCUAUAGUUUUUCUUCC